GCUGACCCGCAGAACUGUUUAUAUGUCCACCUCCGGGACACCACAGAUUUAUUAGUCCCUCAAACGUGGCUCUCCGUUUCCGCCCCCUCGGAGAUUUUUAGUACUGAAACUCUCUUUUUUUUGUCACUUUCGCAUUGGCCGAUGGAUGACGGACUGCGAAAGCACCCUGUGUUUGCUUUUAAGGCAUUUUUCAAUCCUUUCUGUGCUUGUGCUGUGCAAUAUAUGUGCUUGCAAGUGUUAAUAGUAUUUUUCCCUGACUGUUCAUUCCAUAGGUUUUGUCAGUGUAUAUCAACGGAAGAAAUUCAAAAGUGUUUGACACUUCAACUUUUGGCAGUAACUUCAGGGCGAUGCUUUCCUCCACACUCGAGUCCACAGCAAUUCCCGCUGAUCCCAUGGAAAAUUCUGAGCAGGAAAUCACGGAUCAGGUGGCGGAGCUCACGCAGGAGAUCGACAGGGGCCUGAAGAUCCUCGAGGGUUUCCAAAUAAACUGGAUGAUUGUGCGCGAUGCCGACACCGGGAACGUCAUCUGGCAGGACAACAAGGACUUCUCGUGUCCGGACGUGGAGCACGAGGCGCGUGUGCCUGUGAAGAUCCUUGAUUUGCGGGCGAUCUCGCGUGAGAUCAACUUCAGCACCGUGGAGGCGAUGGAAAACUUCCGUCUGGACCAAAAAGUGCUCUUCAAGGGGCGCAUCAUGGAGGAGUGGUUCUUCGAGAUGGGCUGGGUGAGCCCCAACAGCACCAACACGUGGCAAUCGACCAUCGAGGCGGCACCGGAGAGCCAAAUGAUGCCCGCCAAGGUGCUCAAUGGCAACGUGACCAUCGAGACGAGUUUCUACAACGGCGAUCUGCUUAUCACGAAGUCUGUGGUGCGUCUGUACUACGUCUAGUCCGGCUGAGGCUCACCGAGUGUCCUUAACUUUGAUGUGUUUGUGUGCUGCACGGAGCAGCGAAGCUGCCUUGUGAUGUAACAAUUCACCCUCACGGAUCAGUUGCAUUUCCUGCCUUCAAUUCCCAACGACGCGGACAAAUUCCUCCAGAAAUACAACGACUGGCCGAGGCUGCGAAGAGGAAUGUGAAGAAGAAGCGCAUGGCGAAAUACACGAAGCAAUUAACUUAAAAGCACUUAAAAUGUUUCUUUUGUAAUCUUCAUACAAGAGAAUAAGGACAUUGAGCAAUUUUUCUGACGGCACAAAUCUUAAAUUUACAUUUGUAUGUGUAACUUGAGUUAAGGAAUGCGCGUUGAACUCUUCUUUGAUUUGUCCUUUUCCUUUCCUGUGCAAAUUUCAACGAUGAAGUCUCUUUAGUUGAAGUUUCUCGAGUAGAUUUUCCGUUGUCAUCUUGGGGUUGUUAUAAUAUAAAGAGUGUUUUGUUUAAAUUACUUUUAUUUUGCCUCUGAACUUUACAUCAAUAUGUAGACUUCUUUAGUUUACUUGUUGGGAUCUGGAUUUUGGGGACAGGAUCGAAAAUGUGUUUGUCUUCCUUUUUUUGCGAAAGAAUCGCGAGCAGAUAAUCUCUGCUGCACAUUUUACAAUUUUUUUCCUUAAUACUUUUGAGAAUCUGCUCACAAAAUCCUGACUUUUUUUUAAUCUUUUUUAGUUAAUGAUUAAAU